UGUGUACAGUCUACCGGAAAUUGUGUUAUGUUAUUAUUAGAAGAAGAAGAUCUUUCAGUGGGUGAAAGGUGAAGAAGACGAGGCUGUUGUAAUUCUAGGACACGGUCAUUGAGCAGAACUUUGGAAUCUUGAGAGAAGAUGUUGCAGAACACAGGGAAGUUAGCUGGCCUCACGCUCUUCAUCACUGGAGCGAGUCGAGGCAUCGGUAAGGCCAUCGCGCUAAAAGCCGCCCGAGAUGGAGCCAACAUCGUCAUUGCCGCCAAGACCGCCGAGCCCCACCCCAAACUACCAGGAACCAUCUACACGGCUGCUCAGGAGGUGGAGGCAGCGGGGGGGAAAGCGUUGCCCUGUGUGGUCGACAUCCGUAAUGAGCAGCAACUGGAAGAAGCUGUUCAGAAAGCUGUGGAAAAGUUCGGAGGUAUUGACAUCCUGGUGAAUAACGCGAGUGCCAUCAGUCUGACGGGGACAUUGGACACGCCAAUGAAGAAGGUGGAUCUCAUGCUGGGAAUCAACCUGAGGGGGACGUACUUGACGUCUAAGAUGGUCAUCCCUCACCUGCUGAAGAGUCAGUGUCCUCACAUCCUCAACCUGUCGCCGCCGCUCAACCUCAACCCCGUCUGGUUCAAGAACCACACUGCAUACACAAUGGCUAAGUAUGGCAUGUCCAUGUGUGUCCUGGGAAUGGCCGAAGAGUUCAGAGGUCAAAUCGCCGUCAAUGCCUUGUGGCCGAAAACUGCGAUCCAGACAGCAGCUAUGGACAUGUUGGGCGGCGAUGGCAUCAGUAAGCAGUGUCGUACAUCCGACAUCAUGGCCGACGCUGCUUACAUCGUCCUGUCCCAACCCAAGGACUACACGGGACGCUUCCUGGUGGACGAGGACGUCCUGAAGGAGCAGGGAGUCCAAGACUUUGAUCACUAUGCUGUCCAACCAGGUCACCCCCUGCUGCCGGACUUCUUCCUGGAUGAAGCACCAGAGUCUCUAGCCCAGCAGAUGGAGCAACAUGGGGCGACGCCAGCAUUCAAACCACCAUCGUCAUCGGCCACGCCCCCCUCUGGUGGACCAAUACAAAGUACAUUUAAUGCCAUCAGAGGAGUCGUCAACGAAGACGUGGUCAAGUCGACGCAGGGCAUUUAUCAGUUCGACCUGUCAGGAGAACACAAGGGCGUUUGGUUUCUGGACUUGAAGAACGGCGCUGGCAGUGCGGGUGAGGGGCAGCCACCAGUCAAAGCCGAUGUUGUCAUGACGAUGGACUCCAGCGACUUCACCAAGAUGUUUGCCGGUAAACUGAAGCCCACAUUGGCGUUCAUGUCCGGAAAACUCAGGAUCAAAGGUGACAUGGGGCUCGCGAUGAAACUGGAGAAACUGAUGGGCCGCAUGAACAAGGCUCGACUGUGAGACGGAGGCCACGCCUAUGUCCCCUCAGGCCCCGCCCCUCAGUGUUUGUCGCUGUUCUCAGAGGUCUCAAACUCAUGGCCCACGGGCCACAUGCAGCCCCCCGAUAAUAGCAAGUUAUAAUGAAAACCUGAAAUAAUGUGCGUUGCUUAUCAUACAGAGACAAAGUCAGACACAGUCUUUGACCCGAUGGAGCUGUUACAAAUAUUCACCUCCUACCUCUAUAGCUCUAUAGCUGUGGAAGUAACUAAGUAACUAACUAAAAUCUGUAAAAGGACUGGGUUUGUUUUCCUGACAACACACACAAUGUCAUGUCAGUUCCACAUCACUGAAUAUCAUAGCCUCAUAUAACGUAUGAGGAUAUUUUUAAUUUUGUUGCGCUGCGUGGACAGUUGAAUUAAUGAAUGAAAUAAUGAAGGCAUAAAAGUCGGCAACCUGGAUUUAAUUACACCACACGAACAACACUUAAUCAUAUUUACCUGUGGCUGCUGGAGUCAGAUUGGAUGUUUUACUGGCGUUUCAAAGCACAGGCGUGUCUGGUACUGGACGAUCUCCUGAAGGUUUAUGAUCCUUGCAUCCAUCCAUAUUCCCGUCUUAUUUGCAUCCGAUGAUCAAAACAUUCCCAUUCCAUUGUGGCCUUUCACUUAAACCAUCUGCUGUUAUAGUAACGGCUGACUGCACACAUGACACCUGUUUACUAGAAGUGAUAUGAUCGGUCAAAGUCGUCUUCACGUCCGCUGUCAGUAAAGCAACGGACCUGCUGACAGGAAAUGCCAAACCAUUAUGUUGUGUUCUGCCAAAAAUAAGGAUUAUAACUCGGCUAAAGGUGCAGUUUGGUGUAAAAUGAAAUAAAAAUCUAAACCCAAGAUACACGUAAUCAUGAAGAGAUAGAAUAUAAUAACAGUUGUUCCAAAAUGUUUGAUUUAUUUUCACAUGACUGGCCCCUCCUUCCUGACCAGACUGUCCAGGCCCACAGGUCACAUGAGUUUGAGACCCUUGCUGUACAUGUUGCCUUAACAACUGUAAAGUUAAUAAAUAUAAGCUGCUGAAGAUAACCGUGUUAUAACUCAUGACACCACAACAGCCGUGAUGUUGUUUAGUUGUUUUUUUUUAAUAACAUCUAUUAAUAAAACACGUGAUGACACAGUGA